AUGGAGGUGACAAGCAAGCUGGUCUCGGCUCCAUCACCAAUGAUAUACGUGUCGUUCGACACCACAACGGCGCUGAGCGACGAGAAGAUUCGUGAGAUCACGUUCGGGUUGGAAUGUAGUGGACAGAAGUUCAUCUGGGUAUUGAGGGAAGCUGAAAAGAGGGACAUUUUCAGCGGACGAGGAGAGGCGAGGAAGAUCGAACUGCCCCAAGGGUUCGAAGAGAUGGCGGAGGCUCGAGAUUCAGGCGUGGUGGUGAGGGACUCGGCACCGCAGCUCGAGAUCUUUGGGCACCCUGCAACCGGCGGGUUCUUAAGCCGCUGCGAGUGGAACUCUUUUUGCAUGGAGGGCAUCAGCAUGGGAGUGCCGAUCCUCGCACGGCGGAUGCAUUCGGAUCAGCCAAGCAAUGCCAUCUUGAUAUCGCAAGUCAUCAAGAUUGGACUUAGAGUCAAGGACUGCAUAAGCCAAGACAAGGUCAUGAAGUCAUCUGCGAUCCAAGGUGCCGUGGAGGCACUCAUGGCGUCGGAGCAAGGGGACGAAAUAAGGAAGAGGGCGGCGGAGUUAGGGGUGGCCAUCAGGGGUCAAUGGACGAGGGCGGAGUUUGCCUGGCCGAGUUGGACUCCUUCAUCAAUCAUAUCUCUGGGUAACUUCUCUCCGUUCUUGUUCUGUUGUUAG